AUGGCGCUCUCCGUAUCCACGCCCACCUCCUCCUCCCUCGUCCCGUCCUCCCGUCAGGUGGUCAGGUUGACUUCGCGGUCGGCAAAGCCUGCGACUUCCAGCCUCCGGAGGCUGCCUGUGGCCGCGCGGGCCGCCGCUGGCAACGCACCCACGUCCCCGGUCAGCGAGGUCGUCACUGAGCUUGACGCGGUGGCCGGCUUCAGCGAGAUCGUGCCGGACACCGUCGUGUUCGAUGAUUUCGAGAGAUUCGCACCCACGGCAGCCACUGUUAGCUCGUCGCUGCUGCUUGGGAUCGCUGGGCUCCCAGACACCAAGUUCAAGAGUGCGAUAGAUACUGCGCUGGCAGAUGGUGAGUGCAACGCAUUGGAGAAGCCUGAGGACAGGAUGUCCUGUUACCUCACCAAGGCUCUGGCAAACGUUGGCGCUGAACUAGCUCAUCAAGUCCCUGGACGCGUUUCGACUGAAAUAGAUGCUCGGUUGGCUUAUGACACCCAGGGCAUUAUCCACAGGGUGCAUGAACUGUUGAAUCUAUACAACCAGCAUGAUGUCUCAACUGACCGCUUGCUAUUCAAAAUUCCUGCUACUUGGCAAGGCAUAGAGGCCUCAAGGUUGCUUGAAUCUGAAGGAGUUCAAACACAUUUAACAUUUGUUUACAGUUUCGCACAAGCAGCAGCGGCAGCACAAGCUGGUGCAUCUGUUGUACAGAUAUUUGUGGGGCGGUUGCGGGAUUGGGCAAGGAAUCACUCUGGUGAUCCAGAGAUAGAUGAAGCUCUGAAGAAGGGAGAAGAUGCUGGGCUUGCUUUGGCGAAGAAAGUAUAUGCCUAUAUUCACAGAAAUGGGUACAAAACAAAGUUGAUGGUCGCUGCCAUACGGAACAAGCAGGACAUAUUUAGCCUUCUGGGGAUUGAUUACAUCAUUGCACCACUGAAGAUAUUGCAGUCUCUGGAAGAAUCUGUCACCGAUCCUGAUGUGAAGUACGGUUAUGUCCCAAAGUUGACUCCUGCUUUUUGCAAGACGUACAACUUCACUGAAGAGGAGCUUGUGAAGUGGGACCAGUUGAGCCUAUCAGCUGCGAUGGGGCCAGCUGCAGAAGAACUACUUGCUUCAGGACUAGAGGGAUAUGUGAACCAAGCACGCCGCGUUGAGGAGCUCUUUGGGAAGAUCUGGCCACCUCCCAAUGUUUAA